CAUAGCAUGCGGUGAAUUGUGUUCCGUGGUUGCUCCAGUUCGGGAUCGUGCUGUGCAGGCAGGCAGGAUGCUGGCAGACAGAUGCACCUCCCUUGGCCGUAUGCAUUGGUUCGCCGGACAUUGCCUGCACCAAUCCAAAACCCAUAAAGACCUUCAAACCGCAACUAAACAAUCACACAGCACGCACGCCGCAAGAGGGCGAAGCAGCAGCAGCAGCAGCAGCAGGAGCAGCAUGCAGUGUGCAGCACUCUCGGAGGCUCGGAGGACACGUAAACCCGGAAAACCACUGAAGAAUCUUGGUCGGAAAAAUAUUGCCUUCUUCUUGCUUCAAGGUGGUGGCGGUGGUACUGCUACUACUCAGUACUUGCUUGGUACUUUUACACUGGCGCUUCGGUUUCCAUGGACACUAUCGUUUCUAAAACGCUCCGACUCAAUUCGUAUGAGCAUUAUUUACUUGUAGCAACAUAAUUUAACGCUUAAUACAGUUUGUAAAUAAAAUUUCAUGCUAGCUCGAGCAACCGGUUGUUGCCGUUGUUUGCACGGGUUUCU